GGGGCGGCGCGUCGGGGCGGAGAGUUCGCUACGGAUCUCCCUCUUUUAGGAGUAUGAAACUCGAUCCCGUCGUGCCGGUAGCGUCCGGUAUAAAACGGUAGCCAGCGGAAGAGGCUGUGAGAAUAAUAUCAGUCUGAUCGAAGAGAUGAGUCGCUGUUCUCCAGAUGUCCCGCACUUUCAGAAAUAAGCUGACGAACAGACCGCGCGCUCCGUUAUUCCUGCUCGUUUCCAAGGAGAACAUGAUGCGUCCUGGAAGGAUAGACAGAUAAUGACUGCAUUGCUUGCUUCCAAUCAAUCGAUGAUACUUAGGGGGGGCUUUUUACGCAUGAGAAGAAGAUUGCAUGGACACACCAGCUUUGAAUUAAACUCACCGAUAUCUAUUUUUGUAUGAAACCAUGAGCUCGCUGUUGUUUGGAGAGAGUUUUUUGGGCGGUGUGGUGAGCGGUGCGCCGUCGGACGCGGUUCCCAGAGCGCUGCGCAACGACCUGGGAUCCAACAUCCAUGCUCUCAAGAGCCUCAAUCUGAGGUUCCGCUGCUUCCUCGCCAAAGUCCAUGAGCUGGAGAGAAGGAACAAACUUCUGGAGAGCCAGCUGAAGCAAGCCUCCAGUCAGCCGAGGCAUCCGGGCUUCACCUUCACGCGUGAAGUCGCUGUCCAGACGGACUCUCUGGAAUCCAGGCUUCCGGGCAACAUCUGGAGUUUUACGCAUAUUUUGAGACACGGAGAGCGCGUGAAGACUGUGCAGGGACCCGGGGUCACCUGGACCCAUCCGGACGGGGUUGGGGUUCAGAUCGACACCAUCACCCCAGAACUGAGAGCUUUGUAUAACGUCCUGGCCAAAGUCAAACGGGAGCGGGAUGAGUACAAGAGAAGAUGGGAGGAGGAGCUGUCGAGAAGAGAACAGAUGGAGUCGAUGGUGCAGACGCUUCAGGAGAACGUAAACGAAUCCGAAGCCAUUCAGGACGAGUUGAACGAGAAUGUCGAAAGACUGAAAGCUGAACUGGUGGUCUUCAAGAGCCUUAUGAGCGAUCAAAUGUCCGACCUCGACACCAAGAUUCAGGAGAAAGCCAUGAAGGUAGACAUGGACAUCUGCAGGAGAAUCGACAUAACGGCCAAACUGUGUGACGUGGCCCAGCAGAGGAACUCAGAGGACAUGUCCAAGAUGUUCAACAUCAGUCCAUCCAGGACACCAGCAGACAGGACGGCUGUGGUGUGCAAAAAGAAGGAGAAGAAGCCAGUAUCGGAUGAGGAAAGCUCAGAGAUGGAUGCAGAUCCCAGCUCCUCGGAGGAGGACGUCCCGUUCAACGUCACAGAUGAGAUGAAACGCAUGAUCAACCAUCUACAUUGUUCAGAUAACUCAUUUGUUGCUAGGCGGGAGACGUCUGAGAUGGAUGAUGACUGUGACAGUUUGACGUGGGAAGAGAACGAUGAUACGCUGCUGCUAUGGGAGGAUUUCAACAAUUACAACAUGCCCUACAGCCUCACCAACAGCACCGCUGCCCCGAACUCCAACGGAGACGCACACGACACUGAUUGCAGUCUGGGAAAUCUCAUCGAUGAGACCGAGUCUCUUUUCAAGACCAGAGAGCAGGAAUAUCAGAAGACAAUCGGACAAAUCGAGAUGGAGUUGGCCACGGCUAAGAGUGACAUGAACAGACAUCUGCAUGAGUAUAUGGAGAUGUGCAGCAUGAAACGAGGGCUGGACGUACAGAUGGAGACCUGCAGGAGAAUGAUCAAGGGUGGCAGAAAUUCUCUUUCCAUCAGCUCAUCCGCGAGCAGUGACUCAGGGAACACUGACGAGAUACAAGAGGAGUCGGACAAGGACGGAGAGACGGAAGGGCCAAUCAGCUGAUACCUGCCCAGUCUGGCCCCGCCCUCUUCCUCCCACCGAGCUCCAAUCAACUCUCGGGCCUCCCAGCAAUCGACCAAUGGUAUUACACUGAGGGACAGAGCCCAUUCCCACAAAUCCUGUAGGUGCUUUAACGUCUCCGUGUCAGAGUGGGGCGGAGAUAAUGAGGGUUGUUUUUGUGCUUAGACAUCAAUAUCGAUGCGUCACACGGUGCCACAGCUGUCACGGGACGGCCUAACUACAAAUCAGAUCGAUCCCAGCUAAAAUACAUAACACAAUACACUUGAUCAAACCCCAAAUCUCGAUGAGAAACCAUAAAAAACGUUCAAACAGUGUGAGUGAUACACAAGACUGAAAGCUAAUCAGCCCAAAACGGACUGAACACAUCGGAAUGAGUUCCUUAAUAUUUGUGGCUUUUUAUUUUUCUAAAAUCUAUUUGAGAAAUCAACAGUUUACUGCAGAAACAUUUUGGCCUUUAAUCCCUGAUCCAGUUGGCGAAUGUGGAAAAAGCUUGUGUUUUAUGCAAUCAGCCUUAUUUUGUGAUCUGUGUUUUCCCAGCUAACAAAAAUACACUCUAUGAAUGUUUUGCUGACGUUCCCAGUUAGUUCUGAAAGUGUUAUUUCUGAAUGUUCUCUGAACAUCAAAAUGUCCAGUUUUCAACUAAAUGUUUUAACCCUCUGGUGCUCUUCAGUCAUUUUUCACCCAAAAAUUGUCUUUUGUUUUUUAAGAUUUUUUUUACUUCAUCAGAAUGGAAUGAAUCUUGGUAAAGGUUUUGGCACUUGGUAUGUGAAAUAAAUAAAUAAUGUACAUAAUCC